UCUCUCUCUGUCCCCUGGCUCUGCGGUUCCCCUCUUCGUCUGCUUCGCCCUCGUCUCCUUCGUCGAGCCCCUCCCAUGGCGAUCGGUUUCCGCCCCACUUCGAACCCCCUCGGAUCUCCUUAAACCGAUCGAUCGUAUCGCCUCUAGCUCGGAUCGGCGCGACCGCGGAGGCGAAGCUUCGAGCCGGAUUCAGAUCGUUUUCCAUUCGGCGGCGCGAUGUUCGAGGCUCAUGUUUUAUAUUUGCUUCGGAAAUAUUUGGGUGAAUAUGUUGAGGGGCUUUCAGUUGAAGCUCUUAGAAUAAGCGUUUGGAAAGGUGAUGUUGUUCUCAAAGAUUUGAAGUUGAAGGCUGAAGCACUUAAUUCUCUCAGGCUUCCUGUCACAGUCAAAGCUGGGUUUGUUGGUACCAUAACUCUAAAGGUUCCUUGGAAAAGCCUCGGGAAAGAACCAGUGGUUGUGCUUAUUGAUCGUGUGUUUGUACUUGCACAUCCUUCUCCAAAUGGGCAAGCUCUCAAGGAGGAAGAUAGAGAAAAGCUUUUUGAAGCUAAACUUCAGCAGAUUGAGGAGGCUGAGGCAGCAACCCUUGAAGCAACAACUAGAAACUUAAAAGCUGGAGUGCCUGGCAGAACUACGUGGUUGGGCUCUCUGAUUGCCACAAUAAUUGGAAACUUGAAGGUCACUAUCAGUAAUGUGCAUAUAAGAUAUGAGGAUUCUGUUAGUAAUCCUGGACAUCCAUUUUGCUCUGGUGUCACUUUGUCAAAGCUUGCUGCUGUUACGAUAGAUGAGGAUGAGAAUGAAACAUUUGAUACGAGCGUAGCCCUAGAUAGGCUACAUAAGUUCUUGCAACUACAGAGAUUAGCUAUCUAUCAUGAUUCUGACAACAAUCCCUGGAAACUUGAUAAAAAGUGGGAAGAUUUGAGUCCUACAGAGUGGAGUGAGAUAUUUGAAGAUGGGAUUGGUGAAAACUCAGUGCAUGGAACUUCAAUUUGGGCAAAAGAUCGCAGAUACUUGGUUUCACCUAUAAAUGGAAUUCUUAAGUACCAUCGUCUUGGAAGGCAAGAAAGAGAGGACCCUGAAAUUCCUUUCGAGAAAGCUUCACUCAUUCUUAGUGAUGUGUCUUUAACUGUCACAGAGGCUCAGUACUAUGAUGGUAUAAAGCUCUUAGAAGAAUUUUCGAAAUAUAAGACACGUGUUGAUGUAUCUCACUUAAGACCCGUGGUACCUGCUUUAGAAAAUCCUCGUGCAUGGUGGCGGUAUGCCAUGCUGGCUGGUCUGCAGCAAAAGAAAUUGUGCUACUUUUUCUCAUGGGAAAGAAUUAAGAAUCUUUGUCAGCUCCGUCGUCGUUAUGUUCAACUAUACGCGAAUUUACUGCAACAGCCAUCGUGUGCAGAUGUCUCCGAGAUCAGGCAGAUUGAGAGAAAUCUUGAUUCAAAAGUUAUAUUGCUUUGGAGGUUGCUAGCACACGCAAAGGUUGAGUUCGUAAAAUCAAAGGCAUCACAGAGGAAGAGUACCUCAAAGAGAAGCUGGUGGUCUUUUGGAUGGAGCACCUCUGGGGAGGCCUCUGUGCAAAGUGAUUCAACAGAAGUGCAGUUGGCUGAGGAGGAAAAGCUGACUAAGGAAGAAUGGCAAGCAAUCAAUAAAUUGUUAAGCUACCAAACAGAUGACGAUGCGACUUAUAUAGGAAAGGAUGCACAAAAUGUGAUUCAUUUCCUGGUGGAUGUAUCAAUUGGCCAAGCUGCUGCUCGGUUGAUCAAUAUAGAUCAGAUAGAGGUUAUGUGCGGCAGGUUUGAACAACUUCAUAUCUCCACCAAACUAUAUCCCAAAAGCAUCCACUGUGACGUGUCAUUAAAAUACUGUGGCGUAUCUUCUCCUGAGGGUUCUCUUGCCGAGAGUGUCAUCAGUGAGGGAAAGAUUAAUGCUUUAGAAGCUAGUUUUGUUCAUUCACCUACUGGGGAGGACUUGGAUUGGUGGCUUGCAGCAAAAAUAGCUCCAUGUCAUGCUACGGUGUGGAUGGAAAGCUAUGAACGGUUUCUAGAGUUUGUGAAAAGGAGUAAUGCUUUUAGCCCAACUGUGGCAAUGGAAACUGCAACAGCUUUACAGAUAAAGUUGGAGCAGGUAACUCGUAAAGCUCAGGAACAGCUUCAGAUGGUAUUGGAAGAAAAAAGCAGAUUUGGACUGGAUAUAGAUCUUGAUGCUCCAAAAGUUAGGAUUCCUAUGAAUGCCAAUGAUUCUUCAUCGAGAAAGAGUCAUUUUCUUCUGGAUUUUGGCCAUUUUACGUUGCAUACCAGAGAUGGCACGCAAGAUGAAGAAAGGCAGAGUCUGUAUUCUCGCUUUUAUAUAUCAGGGAGGGACAUGGCUGCCUUUUUCAUUGAUGGUACUUCCGAGGACAGAGAUAUUAUUACUGCUAUAGAUGAUGCCAAUUGUUUCUGUUCUCUUCUUGAUCGCUGUGGAAUGUCAGUCAUAGUUGACCAGAUAAAAAUUCCUCAUCCGAGUUACCCAUCAAGUCGGGUUUCUGUUCAAGUGCCUAACCUUGACGUUCACUUUUCUCCGAAAAGAUAUCACAAGAUUAUGGAACUGCUAGAUUUAUUCUAUUGCUCAAAGGACAGUAGUAAUCUGGAUUCAGGUGGAUGCCCCCAAACGGGUCACGUGCCUUGGUAUCCAGCUGAUCUAGCUACUAAUGCAAGAAUUUUGGUUUGGAGGGGCCUCGGUAACUCUUUGGCCGAGUGGCAUCCUUGUUAUCUUGCCUUAUCUGGAUUGUAUCUUUAUGUCUUGGAGUCCGAAUUUUCUUGGAACUAUCAAAGAUGCUGCAGCAUGGCUGGUCGACAGGUAUUUGAAGUGCCAUCAUCGAGUGUUGGUGGGUCACAUUAUGCUAUUGCUGUGAGCUCCAGGGGUUCUGAUAUUCAAAAGGCUUUGGAGUCAACUAGUACAUUGAUUAUUGAAUUCCACAAUGAUGAAGAGAAGACUGCUUGGCUUAAAGAGCUUGUGCAAACGACUUAUAGAGCUUCUGCUCCUCCAAAAAUGGACAUACUUGGAGAAUUAGUCAUUGGUAGAUCGGACUCUAGUGGAGGACGAAGUAGUAAUUUGGGAACCGCAGACCUUGUUAUCAACGGCAGUGUUAUAGAAACAAAGCUGUCUAUAUAUGGGAAAGUUGAUAGAAGUAGUGGAAAUGAUGAAGAGACUCUAAUAUUGGAACUUCUAGCUGGUGGAGGGAAGGUAAAUCUCAUUCAGUCUUCUGGUGAUCUUACUGUGAAAACAAAGCUGCACUCGUUGAAAAUCAAAGACGAGUUACAAGGACGCAUAUCUAUGUCUCCACAAUACAUGGCAUGCUCUGUGAUGAAUGAUGAACAUCGAACUGGUGGUUCUUCUACCCCUGAUCUGGAAAAAGAUCUCAGCAAUUUCUCUGUAGAAGAUGAUGAUAGUUUCAAGGAUGCAUUACCCGAAUUCAGUCCCACUACCGACCAAAGCUUCUAUUUGCAUAACUUUGACAUGGCUCGCAACUUGAUGCACAGUCCUGCUGACUCAUGUGAGGUGGAUGCUAUAGUUGGUCAGUCUGAUUUAUUACGUCAUGAUAGGGAUGAGGUGAAACGGAAGUGCGACAUAUUCUAUGAGGCGCGAGACAAUACUGUAAAUGAUUUUGUAUCUCUCACAUUUUUGACUAGGCGUCCAGAUUCCCAUCUCUAUGAUAAUAUUGAUAUGCAGAUGAGUAUACGCAUGUCUGCACUAGAGUUUUACUGUAACAGGCCUACUCUUGUUGCUCUGAUUGACUUCGGCCUAGAUUUAAGCAUGGUAAAUUCAAGAGGGAGCAGUGGAAGUGAGAUGAUGUCCUGCGAACCCAACUCUACAGGCACAGAGAAGGAAGAAAAUGGUCGUGCUUUAGUUAGAGGCUUGCUCGGUUAUGGAAAGGGUCGGGUUGUUUUUAACUUGAAAAUGGAUGUUGAUUCUGUUUGCAUCUUUCUUAACAAGGAAGAUGGUUGUCAACUUGCAAUGUUUGUGCAAGAAAGUUUUCUCUUGGAUUUGAAGGUUCACCCUAGUUCUAUUUCCCUUGACGGUACACUGGGAAAUAUGAGAUUGUGUGAUAUGUCCCUAGGGCCAGAUCAUCGUUGGGGCUGGCUAUGUGAUAUACGAAACCAAGGAAUCGAAUCACUCAUCAAGUUCACCUUUCAGUCAUAUAGUGUUGAAGAUGAUGAUUAUCAAGGGUACGACUACAGUUUGAGUGGACGGCUUUCCGCAGUGCGUAUUGUUUUCCUUUAUCGGUUUGUUCAGGAGAUUACUUCAUAUUUUAUGGAGCUUGCUUCCCCGCACACUGAAGAGGCAAUCAAGUUUGUUGACAAAGUUGGAGGUCUUGAAUGGUUGGUUCAGAAAUAUGAGAUAGAUGGUGCUGCAGCUAUAAAGUUUGAUCUUUCCCUGGAUACUCCAAUAAUCGUCAUUCCCAAAAACUCAAUGAGUGAAGAUUAUAUGCAACUUGAUCUUGGACAACUAAAAGUACAGAACAGUUUCAGUUGGUAUGGUUGUAAAGAGAAAGAUCCUUCUGCUGUACAUCUUGAUAUUCUUCAUGCCGAGAUAAAUGGAAUCAACAUGGCAGUGGGAGUCAAUGGUGUUCUGGGGAAGUUAAUGAUACGAGAGGGCCACGGCAUCAAUAUUGAAGUGCGACGUAGUUUGCGAGAUGUCUUUCGAAAGGUUCCAACUCUGUCUAUCGAAGUUCAGGUUGGUUUGCUACAUGGUGUCAUGUCUGACAAGGAAUACAAUGUUAUAAUAAAUUGUAUUUCCAUGAACUUAUCAGAAAUGCCUAAUCUUCCUCCAAGUUUUCGUGGAAAUGUAAAUGGAACAAAGGAUUCGAUUCGUUUGAUUGCUGAAAAGGUCAAUCAUAACAGUCAGAUAUUGCUUUCACGAACUGUUUUUGUCCUGGCUGUUGAGAUUCAAUAUGCCUUGCUAGAACUUUGCAAUGGCCCCGAUGCAGAGUCUCCGUUGGCUGAGAUUGCUCUAGAAGGUGUUUGGGUUUCUUACAGAACUACCUCACUGUCUGAAAUGGACCUCUAUUUGUCUAUUCCAAGAUUCUCUGUAUUGGAUAUACGUCCUGAUACAAAGCUGGAGAUGCGCUUGAUGCUUGGAACUUAUACUGAUAUUUCCAAGCCGGGCAUAUGUGAUAUCUCUGCUUCUUCUGGCUUAGAAACUGCUACUGAUAUUGAUGCUUCUAACCUGACGAUGUUGAUAAUGGAUUAUCGAUGGCGCUCUUCUUUCCAGUCCUUUGUUAUAAGGAUUCAACAGCCGCGUGUUCUUGUUGUUCUAGACUUCCUUCUUGCUGUUGCUGAAUAUUUUGUGCCUUCCUUAGGCACAGUAACAGGCAGGGAGGAAACCAUGGACCCGAAGAAUGAUCCUUUAAUGAAUUCUGAUGACAUAAUACUUUCUGAGCCAGUUUACAUGCAGAGAGAGGAUGUUGUUCGCCUUUCACCAAGAAGACAAUUAAUUGUGGAUGGUUGGGGAAUUGAUGAGUUCAUUUAUGAUGGAUGUGGAGGUACAAUAUCAUUAAGUGAGGAGUUUGAUAGUGAAGGACAAUCAUAUUCUGGAGCACUUAUCAUGAUUGGGCAUGGAAAGAAGUUACGCUUCAAAAAUGUGAAAAUUGAGAAUGGAGCAAUAUUGAGGAAAUGUACAUAUUUGAGCAACGGUAGCAGCUACUCAGUGUCCACAGAAGAUGGUGUUGAGAUUUCAUUAUUAGAUAGUUUUGCUUCAAAGAUGGAUGACAACGAUAUGGUGCAGUAUGAUGAAAGCAAAAAGGAAACAAAUCCUCAUGAAACAGUUGUUGGUGCUCCUUCAAAUCAGAUGUUCAGUGUUACCUUUGAAGCUCAGGUUCUAUCCCCUGAAUUUACCUUCUAUGACAGUUCUAAAUUGUCGACGGAUGAUUCCUUGCAGAUAGAGAAGCUUCUUCGUGCUAAGAUGGAUUUCAGUUUCAUGUAUGCUUCGAAGGAAAAUGACAUAUGGGCUCGCUCUAUUGUAAAAGAUCUCACAAUUGAGGCUGGUUCAGGUCUGGUUGUUCUUGAGCCAGUUGAUAUUUCAGGAGGAUAUACUUCAGUUAAGGACAAGACAAAUGUUUCAUUGGCAACUACUGACGUAUGCAUCCACCUUUCUCUUGCUAUUGUUUCGCUCUUACUUAAGUUGCAAAAUCAGGCUCUCGCAGCAUUACAAUUUGGCAAUAUCAAUCCACUGACUUCUUGCACCAACUUCAAGCGAGUUUGGGUAUCACCAAAAGGAGAACUACCUGGAUACAGUCUCACCUUUUGGAGGCCUCAAGCUUCUCCCAAUUAUGCUAUAUUGGGUGAUUGUGUGACAUCAAGACCUGUACCACCUUCACAGGUGGUUGUUGCAGUAAGUAACACCUAUGGCCGUGUAAGAAAGCCUCUUGGUUUCCGGCUCGUCGCUGUGCUCUCUGCCUCUCGUGAGUUGGGUGGACAAACUCAAUCAUCCAAUAAUUAUAACAGCAAUGAGUGCUCCAUCUGGAUGCCAAUUCCACCACCAGGCUACUCUGCAGUGGGAUGCGUUGCCCAUGUUGGAAACCAGCCGCCUCCAAACCACAUUGUUUAUUGCCUCCGUUCUGAUCUUGUUACAUCUGCCAAUAUCUCAGACUGUACAUAUUACCUAUCAUCUAAUCAAGGGAAUAUGUCUGGAUUGACCAUUUGGCAUGUUGAUAAUGUUGUUGGGACAUUCUACGCUCAUAAUUCGUUAGAGUACCCUUCGGAAGGAGAAAUUUUUGACUUGCACCAGAUUGUUCUUCGUAAUCCCAAUUCAAACUUCUAUUACAGCAAAAGUCAUGGUUCAAAUGCUUCUGUUGUCAAAGAACAGUAUAUAAAUCAAGCGGAUAGCAGCAGUACCACUUCUGGGUGGGACGUCGUAAGAUCAUUAUCGCGAUCUAGCAGCUAUUACAUAUCAACUCCACACUUUGAAAGGAUAUGGUGGGAUAAAUGUUGUGAUCCAAGAAGACCAAUUUCUAUAUGGAGACCAUUACCUCGUCCUGGUUUUUCUGCCCUUGGUGAUUGUGUAACAGAAGGGUUGGAGCCUCCUGCUCUUGGGUUAGUGUUCAAGUGUGAUAAUUCGAUGAUUUCUGCAAGACCUGUGCAAUUUACUAAAGUUGCACAUAUAGUUGGAAAGGGUGUAGAUGAAGCAUAUUUCUGGUAUCCCAUUCCUCCCCCUGGUUAUGCUUCCCUGGGAUGUGUGGUAACAAAAACAGAUGAUGAGCCAAAGAAAGAUUCUAUUUGCUGUCCGAGGAUGGAUCUAGUUAACCAAGCAAAUGUGUCUGAUGAAGCUAUUUCUAGUUCUUCCAGCUCAAAGGGUUCCAACUGCUGGAGCAUCUGGAAAGUGGAAAAUCAGGCAUGCACUUUUCUUGCACGAUCUGAUCACAGAAGGCCUUCAGUUCGCCUGGCAUACAGCAUAGCUGACUACAUAAAACCUAAAGCCCGUGAAAAUGUAACUGCUGAUUUGAAGUUGGGCUUCUUAUCAAUCAGCAUCCUCGAUAGCUCUUGUGGAAUGAUGACACCACUUCUGGACACGACAAUUACGAAUAUAAAUAUUGCAUCUCAUGGACGGCUUGACACAAUGAAUGCUGUAUUGAUCUGUUCAAUUGCAGCAUCAACAUUUAACAGACAGUUAGAAGCAUGGGAACCUCUUAUUGAACCAUUUGAUGGAAUAUUCAAGCUUGAAACAUAUGAUACCAGCCAACAGAAAGUUGGCAAGAGGCUUCGUGUUGCUGCAAUAUCUCCCUUAAAUCUCAAUCUAAGUGCAGCAAAUCUUGAAACCUUGUCAGACACUUUAAUUUCCUGGAAUAGACAAGAUGAUUUAGAGAUUAAGUCAUCGAGGAAAAAUGAGGAAGACGAUGAAAAUCGGGGACACGAUGAUCUAUCCUAUUCUGCGUUGAAUGAAGAUGAUUUUCAGAAAGUUUUGAUUGAAAAUAAGCUUGGAUGUGAUGUUUAUCUGAAAAAAAUAGAGCAAGAUAAAGAUAGUGUUGAGUUCUUACAACAUGAUAAUCUGGUUUCAGUAUUGAUGCCGCCUCCCAGUUUCUCAGAUAAGCUGAAUGUAGUGUCCAGAUCUGAGGAAGCUAGAUAUUAUGUUGCCAUACAGAUCUUUGAAUCUAAGGGACUACCAAUUGUAGAUGAUGGCAACAAUCAUGAUUUUUUUUGUGCAUUGCGAUUGCUUAUCGACAGUAAUGCCUCGGAUCAGUACAAGCUGUUCCCACAAAGUGCGAGGACAAGAUGUGUAAAACCAUUGAUCUCAAAUAGUAGUGACACGAGCAAAGGCCAUGCUAAGUGGAACGAACUUUUUAUAUUUGAGGUUCCAGAGAAGGGAUCAGCUAAUCUAGAGAUUGAGGUUACAAAUCUUGCUUCAAAAGCUGGGAAGGGUGAAGUUAUUGGUGCUCUGUCUAUCCCUGUGGGACGUGCUACUACUCUGAAACGGGCUCCUUCAAUGAAGAUCCUUCAGCAAGCUGCUGACUUCCAGCAUGUUUCUUCAUAUCCUCUUAGGAGAAAGGGUCAGCCAAUCAAUAACGAAGAUAGGAAAGACUACGGUGUUUUGGUAGUUUCUACUUGUUAUAUUGAACGGAAUACCCAACAAAGUUUCCAGAGCGGGACAGAUGAUGAAGAAUUUGAUACUGAUGUUGGUUUCUGGAUUGGCCUGAGCCCUGAUGGUCCCUGGGAAAGCUUCAGCUCCGUUUUGCCACAAUCGAUUGUUCCAAAAUCACUAAACAAGAAUCCUUUUGCCUUUGAAGUUUCAGUGAGAAAUGGAAAGAAGCAUGGAGUUCUCAGAGCUCUUGCUCUUAUUGCAAAUGAUGCCAACAUCAAACUCGAAGUGUCUGUGUGUCCUGUCAACAUGCUUAGCAGUCCUCUUUCAAACGUGGAAUCAGGCAGUUCUACCACUGUGAUAGAAGAGGUCUUUGAAAAUCAGCGGUACCAGCCAAUUGCUGGUUGGGGAAACAAGUCAGUUGGUUUCCGUGGAAAUGAUUUAGGACGUUGGAGCAACAGGGAUUUUUCAUAUUCUUCAAAGGACUUCUUUGAGCCUUCCCUCCCAGCUGGUUGGCGAUGGACAUCACCCUGGAAAAUUGAGAAGUCCCAGUAUACGGACGGUGAUGGAUGGGCAUAUGGAACUGACUUUCAGAGCUUAAAAUGGCCUCCUACUUUUUCAAAAUCAUCUUCCAAAUCACCUCUGGAUUUUGUACGGCGAAGGCGAUGGGUACGUACAAGGCAGCAGUUACCAGAAAAAGCUACAGAUAUCAUGAGAAAUAUUAUUGCUGUAAUAAAUCCGCACUCAUCUACAGUUUUGCCAUGGACAAGCACCAUUAGAGAUAUGGACUUGUGCUUGCAAGUCCGACCUUAUUCUGAGAAUUCACAGGAUGACUAUACUUGGGGUCAAAUUUUCACUUUUGGUUCUUCUAAUCAAUCUACUAAUUAUCAGGAUACACUUUCUCGACAAAGCACUUUGAAAAACCCAAAUAUCCGUUUGCAAAAUUCUAUUCUUAGGUUGACCCAGCUUGAGAAGAAAGAUAUGAUUCUUUAUUGUAAUCCUACCGUUGGUAUCAAAAAGAAUUUCUGGUUAAGCAUUGGAACUGAUGCUUCAGUUCUCCACACAGAACUAAAUUCACCUGUUUAUGAUUGGAAAAUUUCUGUUAAUUCGAUUCUUAGACUCGAAAACAAGCUUCCAUGUGAAGCUGAAUAUGCUAUCUGGGAGAGAUCAGUUGAAGGUAAUAUGGUUGAACGGCAGCAUGGCAUUGUCUCCUCAGCUGGAAGUGCAUUUGUUUACUCAGUAGAUGUUCGAAGACCCAUCUACCUCACAUUGUUUGCUCAAGGUGGCUGGGCUUUAGAAAAGGAUGCUAUUUUAAUAAUGGAUUUAAUAAAUCUGGAUCAUGCUUCAUCUUUUUGGAUGGUUCAAAAACAAAGUAACAGGAGACUGCGCGUCAGUGUUGAGCAUGAUAUGGGCGGAAGUGAAGCUGCACCAAAAACUGUGAGAUUGUUUGUCCCCUAUUGGAUCCAAAAUGAUACCUCAGUGCCACUUUCCUAUCGAGUUGUAGAGCUGGAACCUUCAGAGAAUUCAGAUACCGACAAUCUCUUACUUACAAGAGCAAUAAAAUCCACAAAGCUCACCUUGAGGAAUUCCUCAAAAUCAUUGGACCGAUUAAAAACCAGCUCUCAGAGGAACAUUCAAGUAUUGGAGGUUAUUGAGGACUUCAAUCCAAAAUGUGUCAUGUUGUCUCCGCAAGACUACAUGAAUCGUUCUGGGGUUUUGCCCUUCCAAUCUAAGGGAGAGACAUUCACCUCCACACGUGUUGGCAUCUCUGUUGCAGCUCAUGAUUCUACGUAUUACAGUCCUGGAGUUUCUCUUCUCGAGCUUGAAAGCAAGGAACGUGUUGAUGUCAAAGCAUAUGCUUCUGAUGGGUCAUAUUACAGGCUCUCAGCCCAACUCAAGAUGGCUUCUGAUAGAACUAAGGUUGUUCAUUUCCUACCCCGAACGCUGUUUAUCAACAGGAUUGGGCGCAGUAUGUCUUUAUCUCAGUUUAAGACUGAUACUGAGGUGUUUCUACACCCAACUGAUCCUCCAAAAUUAUUUAAAUGGCAAUCCAACAUGGCAAAUGAGCUUCUGAAGUUGCGCUUGGAUGGGUACAAAUGGAGUUCUCCUUUUAGCAUUGAAAGUGAUGGUAUCAUGUGUAUCUGCCUGAACAGUGAUACAGGAAAUGACCAAAUGUUUAUCAGAGUUGAAGUAAGAAAUGGAACCAAAAGCUCACGCUAUGAAGUUGUGUUUCGCCUUGCUUCUUCUUCGAGCCCUUACAGAAUUGAAAAUCGUUCCAUGUUCUUGCCUGUACGAUUUCGCCAAGUGGACGGUCGUGAUGACUCCUGGCGCAGUCUGCCCCCUAAUUCUGCCUCUUCAUUUUUCUGGGAGGAUCUUGGUAGACAACGGUUACUAGAGAUCAUGGUUGACGGAACAGAUUCCUUAAGUUCUAAUAAGUACAACAUCGAUGAGGUCAAGGAUCAUCAGCCCAUUCCAACAUCAACUGGGCCCAUUAAGGCGUUGCGUCUUACUGUUCUGAAAGAAGGUAAGACGCACAUUGGUCGAAUUAGUGACUGGAUGCCACGAAAUGAAACUCAACAACAGAUAAAAGAAAGAAUUUCAUCGCCAAUUUUCCUACCGUCAGAGGUUGACUAUACAGAGUCUUCUGUGACCUCGGAUAGUGAAUUUCAUGUUACUUUUGAUCUAGCAGAUUUGGGCUUAUCUGUUAUUGAUCAUAUGCCCGAGGAAAUUCUAUAUCUAUCCAUACAGAAUCUCUCACUUACUUAUUCAUCUGGGUUGGGCUCUGAGAUUAGUAGAUUUAAGUUGCGGAUGAGUUGGAUCCAAAUAGAUAACCAAUUACCUUUUACCCCAUUGCCAGUUCUUUUUAGUCCACAGAGUCUGGGGAAUCAACUGGACUACAUUCUGAAGUUCUCAAUGACCAUGCAAACUAAUAAUUCUCUAGAUUUUUGUGUGUAUCCAUAUGUUGGUUUGCAGGCUCCUGAUAAUUCUUCAUUUUUGGUGAACAUUCACGAACCAAUUAUUUGGCGUCUUCAUGAAAUGCUGCAACAAGUGAAACUUGGCAGGGUAUUUGGCUCUCAAUCUGCUGCUGUUUCAGUAGAUCCUACUAUUAAAAUUGGGCUUCUUAACAUCUCGGAGAUCCGAUUCAGAGUAUCCAUGGCUAUGUCACCUGCUCAGCGGCCCAGAGGUGUUCUUGGAUUCUGGUCCUCUUUGAUGACUGCAUUGGGAAACAUGGAGCAUAUGCCGGUACGUAUUGCUCAAAGAUUCCGUGAGGAUGUAUGCAUGCGUCAAAGUGCUCUUAUCAGCAAUGCAGUAUCUAAUAUCCAGAAGGAUCUUCUUAGCCAGCCCCUUCAACUACUCUCUGGUGUUGACAUUCUUGGGAAUGCUAGUAGUGCACUUAGCAACAUGAGUAAAGGUGUCGCAGCUUUAUCUAUGGAUAAGAAAUUCAUCCAGAGUCGACAAAAACAGGACAGCAAAGGUGUAGAAGACAUUGGCGAUGUCAUAAGAGAGGGAGGUGGAGCUCUGGCUAAGGGACUAUUUAGAGGAGUGACUGGCAUAUUAACAAAGCCGAUUGAAGGUGCGAAAUCUUCUGGUGUCGAAGGCUUUGUUCAAGGUGUUGGGAAAGGCAUAAUUGGUGCUGCUGCUCAGCCUGUGAGUGGGGUCCUCGAUCUUCUAUCAAAAACUACUGAAGGAGCUAAUGCUGUGAGGAUGAAGAUAUCAUCUGCUAUAAUGGCGGAAGAGCAGUUGAUCCGUAAGCGGCUCCCUCGAGUAAUUGGGGGUGAUAACUUGCUGCGCCCUUAUGAUGAAGAAAAAGCAGCAGGGCAGGCUAUCUUGCAGCUUGCUGAAUCUGGCUCUUUCCUUGGUCAAGUCGACCUCUUUAAAGUCCGCGGGAAAUUUGCAUUUUCAGAUGCUUACGAAGAUCAUUUCUUACUCCCUAAAGGAAGGAUCGUUCUAGUUACCCAUCGAAGAGUUUUGUUACUGCAGCAACCUGCUAAUAUUCUAGCCCAACGGAAGUUUAAUCCCGCUAGGGAUCCAUGUUCUGUGAUCUGGGACGUUCUAUGGGAUGAUUUAGUGACGAUGGAGUUGACACACGGAAAGAAGGAUCAUCCAGGAUCGUUACCUUCCAGACUUAUCCUGUAUCUGCAAAUGAAGCCCUCCGAUUCCAAGGAAGCUGUUCGUGUAAUCAAAUGUAGUCGUGGAUCCGAUGAAGCCGCCAGGAUUUAUGCAUCCAUUCAAGAAGCAAUGAGAAUUUACGGUCCAUAUGCUUUGAAGAAUGCACACAAGCGGAGGGUACCAAGACCAUAUACCCCACGUAGUACCAUUGGCCGAUCUGAAGUAUUUCCAAAGGAAGUUUUUGGUAGUGGGGGUGUUCAAGAUGAACACAAGUCUGUUCCUCUGGAUUCAUCCUUUGGAACAGUUAAUGCUCAAUCGCCAAAUCGAUAGCCCCUUCGGCGUACCUAUUUUCUGAUUAUUGUCAAUUAACAGAAGAGUUCACAUUGCUGCUCAUUCCUGGUAAACUAUUCAGGGCAAGAGCAACAUGCGAAUGUAUAUCUGAGUGUUACAAAGCUGAGAGCUUCAGAUAUGAUGCAUGCUAACUACAGAUCCUAUACGCCAUAAAGGCUUGUAUCGAAGACGACAUAAUCUCGCUCGCAGCUGUUGGGGAAAUUGCCUUACAACUUCUCUUCCAACUACCCAGCAUUGGAAUCAGGCACACUAAUUGUGUAUACAGUGAUUUUCAAGGGUUAUAUAGCUAUGGAGCCGCAUGAAGUUUUUUCUAUUGUUCCAUUGUUGGGACCUGCAUCUUUUCUGUCCAAAGGGAAUUCAACUAAACAUUGUAAAUUUGGUGUAUAUGCUGUUGUAUAUAAUGAUUAUUUUUGGAGAUUUUAACCCACUAGCCCUCUCCAAAAAAUUUUAUUCUAAAUAAAGAUCAAACUUUUAAUUGUAAA